ACACAGUAGACAUGCCUCAUUAUUAUAAAGGGUUAAUAGUGACAUUAUUAGCGGCUCUGCGCUUUUCACAUUGUGAUCCUUCCGAAAAACCCACCUGCUCAGUUGUUCAAGGGCUUCCGGGUCUUAAUGGAAGAGAUGGACGAGACGGGGUCAACGGUCAAAAAGGCGACCAAGGACCAAUUGGACCUCCUGGCUUAAGAGGCAUCAUUGGCCCCCCAGGUAAAAUAGGACCUCCGGGUCAGCAAGGAAUCCAAGGAGACAAAGGGUCUACUGGUUUACCAGAUGCAUCUAUGGCUCUAAAGGUCGCAAACUUGGAAAACAAAAUUGCUGAUCUAGAGAAGAGUAUCGCAGUUCUCAAACAAGAUACAUCAGCAUUUUUGGAUCAGCAACACCUUCGCCUGUCACAGCUAAAUCUCGGCAUAUCCAGACUGGAAGGAGUUUUUAUCAUGGAAGGAAAAUUGAAAUCAGCAGGAAAAAAGAUAUUCGUGACCAACGGAAAGGUGCUGGAUUUUGAAGACUCUAAAAAAACAUGUGAAGCUGCCGAUGGACAACUUGCCACUCCUAUGAACGACGAGGAGAACGACGCCAUCUUGGAUAUCGUGAAACAACACAACACUUACGCGUAUUUGGGAAUCAGGGAGGGAAAAAAAACUGGGGUUUUCCAUUACCUAGACGGGCGUCCGGUUACCUACACUCAUUGGAGCCCAUCUCAACCUGGUGGGAACGGAGCAGAAAAAUGCGUUGAAAUGUAUACCGAUGGGACCUGGAAUGACAAGCCGUGCAACUAUUACCGUCUCGUCAUUUGUGAGUUCCAAACUCGUAGAAAUAAUAUAAUAUUAUUUUAACAAGAACAUCAAGUCCGGCUCUUCCCAACAAGUCAGCCAAAUGUAUCUUGAAUAAAAAAAAAUUAUGUUCUUGGCG